AUGCGUCGUGCGCUGUGCUUGGGUGCUUUGGCCACCGCCAGUGGCACCGUCUACUUUUCGGAGACCUUCGGCGACGGAUGGGAGAGCCGAUGGACGUCCAGUGAGUGGAAGAAGAGCGAUGGCACCCAGGGCACGUGGACAGCGACCGCUGGCAAAUGGUUUGCCGAUGCCAAAGAGGAUCAAGGUAUCCAGACCGUCGAAGACUCGCGAUUUUUCGGCCUCUCCGCGGGCUUCGAUUCCUUCAGCAAUGCGGGCAAGGACCUCAUCAUCCAGUACCAGGCCAAGUAUGAAAAGGACAUUGAGUGUGGCGGUGGCUAUGUGAAGAUUGGCCCCAAGCUGAGCGAUCCCACCACCUUCGGUGAUCCGACCCCUUACAACAUCAUGUUUGGGCCUGACAAGUGCGGGUACACCAAGCGCACCCACCUCAUCUUCAAUUACAAGGGCAAGAACGUCCUGAAGAAGUCUGACUUGGCCUACAAGCAGGAAGGUGAAGGAACUUCCCAUGUCUAUAGGCUCCUCUUGAAGCCAGACAACACGGCCCACGUGGAAAUCGAUGGCGAGAAGAUCUAUGAGGGAUCUCUGAAGGAGGACUGGGAGCUACUGGCCCCCAAGGAGAUCAAAGACCCUGAGGACAAGAAGCCCAGCGACUGGGUUGAUGACUCCAUGAUGGAUGAUCCGGAGGACAAGAAACCCGACAAUUGGGUCGAAGAGAAGCGCAUUGUGGAUGAAAAGGCCAAGAAACCAGAUGACUGGGAUGAUGAAGAGGAUGGAGAGUGGGAGGCGCCCAUGAUUGACAAUCCGGAGUACAAAGGUGAGUGGACUGUGAAGCGCAUCUCCAAUCCGGCGUACAAAGGCAUUUGGGAGGCCAAGAAGAUUGCCAACCCGGAGUUUGUGGAUGAUGACAACCUCUACAAGUACGAGGAUUUUGGCUUCAUCGGUUUUGACCUUUGGCAGGUGAAGGGCAACACCAUUUUUGACAACGUCAUAAUCACUGAUGACGUCGCCGAAGCCGAUAAGUUCGUGGCGAAGUGGAAGGCCCUGAGCGAGGUGGAGAAGGCCAAGAAGAAGGAGGAGGACGAUGCCAAGGCCGAGGAAGCCAAGGCCAAGGCUGCGGAGGCCGAGUCCAAGGACGACGACGAUGACGACGAUGCCGAAGAUGGGAGCCAGUACGAUGGCCAAUGGUGCAAGGGCAGGAAACAUGGGCAAGGUAUAUACAUUAGCCCCACCAACUUGAAGUACGAAGGAGCUUGGCAAGAUGGAAGGCGUCAUGGAAAAGGAAUUCAGGAGUACGCCAAUGGAGACAAAUAUGACGGGUGGUGGUACAAUGGUCAGUGUAGUGGCUUGGGCAUCUACUUCUUUGCAGAUGGUUCGCAAUAUCAGGGAGCCUGGAAUCACGGCAAAUACGAUGGUGCAGGAAUCCUCUAUGCUGCCAACGGUGAUCGGGAACGCUUGACCUAUUUCGAAGGUCGCCUCAUGAAGCGUGAAGUGCUGCCGCCCGGCCAGCCGCCGGCGGUGCAAAACAAGUCGCGGCCGGGCAUCUUCUGUGAAGUCCUUAUCUCCCAAGACCGAAUCGGUUGCUUGCAGCCCACCGUGCUCACGGAGACAUCAGGAGAAGGUCAGCUGCUGAUCAGGCGCGACUGCAAUAGCUAUGACUUGUCGGCACCACCUCUGCGAAUGCCACGGCGCCGGGAGCUGAAAGAGCUGCCAGAUGAGCUUCGGGGCGAUUCCAUCGAGACCGUCACCGGCGGCGAUACCUUGGGUACACUGAGCGCUUUGACCGGUGGCCCAUCUACAGAUGACUCCACUUUCAUCACUGAGCCCUGA